UUCAAAAUUUGAGUAAUAUUAAUCACAUCUGAGUUGUGAGUGCGUCACGAGUGAGACUCGUCAAAACACGAGAAGGGGUUAAGCAAGUUCACCACCAUUGGUAUACAGACUGUAACCACACUGAAAUCCACAAGUAUACAGAAUUAAAAUUUUUCCUGUAUGGAAUUAAUUUAUUUAAUUUCUAGGAUGACCAAGUUGUGGAAUUUCUUACUUACGGUCUAUACGUCAUGUUAGUCACCUGCAUGCUGUAUCUGUACUCAUACCUAGGUGAACAGUUACAGUAUGAGUCCACAAGAGUGAACGACGCAUACUACGAAGUCAACUGGCUGAAGAUGUCCACCCACGACCAAAAAUUGCUGCUAUAUUGCAUGGGUAAUGGACGCAUAACACUGAGUCUUACAGCCGGCAAAUUUUACGUGUUCUCCCUAUUCGGUUUUAUCAGUGUGAGUAAAUCUCCUUCACCGCAAUAACUAAAAAAAUAAUAUUACCAACUUUGUCGAACAGAUUAUGAAAACUUGCUUCGGAUUUGUUUCUCUGUUACGUGCCUUGAUUUGAUCUCCGAAUGCUACUUGCAGCUCGAAGUAUCAUCAGGAAUACGGAAGGACGUUGUUCAUUCGAACUCGGUUAACAUAUGCAUUUGUAUGUACCUGGAGUUUAUGUUCUAUGAAUGAUAUUGUAUAUUUCAUAUUGUAGAAACGUGUCAAUGUUUGUAUAUGUACAUUGAAAUCUAGUGUAAAGAUUGUUAAUGCUGGAUAUAAAUAUAUGUAUAUAAAAAGUGCGUUUUAUUAUACGAAUUGAUGUAUUGUAUGCACGUGUUGUAUCUAUGUUAGUAUGUAGAAAUAAUAAGUUUAAUAUGGGAGAAGUGUUUGUUGAAUUCAUUCUUGCACUUGCAAUUCUUAGGAGUUGAGAUAUCUAAAUUCCAAUGCUUCAAUUUGACGAGGUAUCUAAAUUCCAAUGCUUCAAUUUGACAUUCCGAAGUUUGACAUUCUCAAUGUUCCAAACUAAUUUCAUUUUCACAUUUCUACGCAUCAGCAGUUGAUAAUUUGCACAACUCUCAUUUUCUUGCGAACUGUUAAUUUUACGCAACGUCAUCACAAGCACCGUGCACAUUCUAGCGAAAGGUUAAACUCGUUUGCAAACGAUUCGAUCACAAUCACUUGCACUACGUCGCUCAAUCCAUCAAAGAAUGAACACGCUAUUCCACCGCGCCAGGUCUUCCAGAGAACUUUAUCUCUCCCAAUAAAUAUUUUACAUCAACCACUGUUCUCUCCUCGUUUUCCUCAAACUAUAAAGUAUCGGAAAACCACCGUUGAUUGCUUCGCUACGCUCCAUGCGAGUGAUUUCAGCGUUUAAAAUUCUGUCAUUAAUUCGACGAUCAAAUCGCAAGAAAAUGAUUUGAAUUUCCAAAAGCACUUAUUAUUCGCGAUGAUUGCGAAUGGAAACUUAGCCGAAGUUAUAGAGCGGUAAUUGGAGAAAAUUGCUGGGCAAUAUGCAUCAUGGAUGCGCGAGAAGUUUCGAAAGCGAUUAUAAUUUUAUCGAUUUUGCGUAUAAAAUACGGCCUGCGGAAAAUCACCGGCGACCGACCGUGAUUCCAUCCUGAGUCGUGAUGAGGGAUCAAGAGACUCAAAUAAAGGACGUGCUCAUUCUGAACGAGCGUGUCUUCUGGAUAUGCGACGCCUGGCCAUUGAACAAUUCCUACAAGAAGUUCGUGAUGUACAUGUCCUAUCUCUCAGUUCACAUGGUGAUCAUGUACAUGGACCUGUACGACGUGAUGGGCGACUUAGAACUCAUGGUGGAGAACAUUAUAGACAACACGAUCGCCACGACUACAUAUUUGAUGCUGUUUCUAUUUCGAUUCAGCAAGUUGAUCAAGAACGUGGUCGCUAUGGUGAAACGAGAGCUCGCGGAGAAUGAUUUUCGAAACAACGACGAGAAACAACUGUAUCUGUCUUAUAAUAUCAUCUCUGACAAUUUCGGCAAAUAUGCAGUGAGAACCACCGCAGUUAUAGCGGUGAUGUGGUACAUUACUCCCAUGUUAGAAUUGUUGCAAGGCUCAGGAAACGAUAAUUCAACGAUGUACCGGUUACCGUUUCGAGUUCAUUCUUUUCUCGAUUACGAGGAUAACUUGAAGAACUACAUGCUGAUGUACGCGUACCAAAUGCCUCUGAUGUUUAUAGCAUUGUUGCAUAUAAGCAGCAUUAGUCUGCUGCUAAGCUUGGUGUUACACGUGUGUGGUAAAUUUUCGAUUCUGUCGUAUCGCAUACAAAAUAUCGCGGAGGAUUCGAAGAACUCUUUUCAGCGGAGAGUUAAGGAGUUGGUGGAAAGACACGUGGAGUUAAUAAUGACCGCAAACACCCUAAACUCAGCGCUGCAAUACAUACUCGCGAUGGAACUCAUACAAACAAGCAUCAGAAUGGCCGUCUUGAUGUACACGAUUCUGCUGUCCAAAAAAGUGAACGACGCGUACUACGACGCUAACUGGCUGAAACUAUCGAUCUACGACCAGAAAUUGUUGCUAUACUGCAUGUGCAAUGGACGCAAAACGCUGAAUCUUAAGGCCGGAAAGUUUUACUCGUUCUCGCUGUUCGGUUUUAUUCAGGUGAGUAAAUCUUGUUCAACAGACGAGAAAGUAAUAUCAUCGAUUAUCGUUUGUAACAGAUUAUGAAAACUUGCUUCGGAUACGUUUCUUUAUUGCGGGCCUUGAUCUAAUCUGAACGCGGAGUCUCUAGAAUGUUUUCACUUCGGAGUUCAAAAGUAAAUUUUACAGAAAAUUGAUCGGGAGUAUUUUAUUUGAAAUUUAUAUUUUAUACUUUUGUGUUGUUAAAUCGUGUCAUAGAUGUGCAUUGAAAGCUACCAUUCGAUAUGCAAAAAAAUAGUUAUAGUAUUGAUGAAACAUUGUAAAUGUUGAGUGUAAAUAUAUGACAAUUUCGUAUCAUGUGUAUGAAUCGAUUUUAGUUUAGAUUUUGCUUAGGAUCAUCUUAGAUUCUUUGUAAAAUAUCUGUGAGCUUCUAGAAUUACUCCAAACUUUCCAUAGGUACUUAAAGUCUCCAUAAAUAUCUGCAGAACCUCCCGAUAUUUCUCUUAGGAUCUUAAGCUUUCUCUCUAAGUUUCUAGUAUCUCCAUAAAUUCUCAUUUGAAUUUUCCUAGGAUCCCCAGAUUUUGACAAAAUUUAUUAGCCUAAAAUUUCUCUGAUGUCUACUAACUCGUCAGACAUUGUAGGUGAAGGUAAUUUCCUUCAACCAAAGUGUCUACAGUCACCCGUCGCUAAUCGCAAACAAGUACCGGUCACAUAUCACGAAGCAUAUCAGUCGUCAAACAGUAACCCCUUUGAAAUACAAAAGAAUCGAUUACCUGAUUGUUUUACAACAGUCAAUAAAGUCACAGGAAUUUUAUUGAAGAUAAUUUGCGUUAUAACAUGCAUAAAUAUGACAAAUGACACCCUAUAUAUUCAUUUACAAUUAUAAUUGAGUCCCAAUUUUGAAUCAGUGAACACGCGAUUAUACGAUUUUAAAAGAUUAAGAUCUAUGCGUACACAGUCUGAAUGAUAGAUAUUCUACACGUAAGUUGAAUAACCUUCAAAUGUUUCCGAUGUUUCUAGAUAGCGAUUUUUUUGCUUUAACAUUCUAAUCAUAUCCUUGAAUACAUUUAAAUCCAUGUUCAGUAGCGGACUAAACGAGGACGGUGAGUGCCCUCGCUGCCUUCCGAGAUAUUAUGAUACAUCUCGGAAAGAUUCAUUUCUGUUACGCCAUAAAAUUACUCUUACAUGUGUAUUAAUUUGUCUGUUUAUUAUUCUUGAUAAAAUUUGAUCAAGUCAAUGGAUCAUUCUUGUUUCUCUUUUUUUUUCUAUUAUGUAAAUAAUUCAAGUAUGGAUUAUUAUAGCAGAAAAGAAGAAUCAAAAAUAUAUUUUUAUGUAGUCCUUUAAUGCUUUUUUGCCCCUGUCCAUGUUUGUUCACUUUAGUACUUUCAAGUAAUAUGGAAAAAAAUUUGAAAUUUAAAAUAAAAGUUACGAAUUUCACAAAGAAUAGUACAACUUGAGAGAGUCUUCAUUAAAGUUCAAAAUAAUAAUUCAUAAUGCUUUUACUGGCACAUUGAUUACCAUUUCGUAAUUGUUUACAGCGCUACACUUUGUUGCGAGAUAGUCAAUUAAUUAUCAAGUUUGACACUAGCAAUUGUCGCACGAUAAAUGGAUGUUAAAUGAGUUGAAUUGGCUCGCUUUGUUCUGUGGAAAUUUUUAUUUGUCGGUAAUACGAUCUCUGCACAAGACAAAUAUAGUUCUAUCGAUAUACAGGGUGAGUCGCAAGAAACAAAACAUUUUAACAUUCAUUAAAAUAAUAAAUUUCAUUCGCAAAAGUUAUGUGAUGCCAUAAUAGUACUUUUCCAUAAAAUAGCUGUGAAUUCGCUAAGUAAUUAGAAUUCUACACGUGGUCGCUUUCACUAGUCAUCAAGCUAAAAAGAUAUUGACCUUGAAAUUUCUGUUGAACGCCGCCUGUGAAAAAUCGUUACCCGCGUUAUGGCGCCAUAGAGUCUAGAUAACGUUUGCGAAUGAGCUUUAUUCAUAUUUCCACGUAUGAAUGGUUUAUUACCAUAAUUCCACAACGACAGAAGUGUCAUUUACUUCCUACUUUUACAAUAUUUUAUUUUAACUGCUUUAGCUAUAAAAAUAUUCUAUGAACAAUUCACGCAAUGGAUAUUUAGGUGUUCUGUUUCUCAUGACUCACCUUAUGUAACAAAGAUCUGAAACUAGCAGGAAAAAUGUUCUUUGUUAGAAAAGUUGCUCGUACAAUCACAAAAUGAUUCAAAAGGCUUGUAACUAUUUGUAUUUUCCAACACGGGUUAUAAAAUUGUAAUGACAAAUGUUCGUUGUUAUACGAACCACGUUCUGAUAAAUCACGUUCUACAAAUUAAAGAGGUUAAGAGAGUAUUGACACGAAAUUAUUGAUGUACCGAAUUUCUGUAACCAAAUACCAACGAUAAAAUCACAGUAUAAACAGUACAUUAUCUGUACAUUGGCAUCAAUUCAUGCUACUGAUAACUUUAACACUUUGACAGUUGCGUGUUUUAUACAAUCAUAACUUUUCUAUAAAAUUCCUUUCUAUGUCGAAACAGAGAUUUCUGCGAAUUUUGCACGAUGACCAACUUUUAAUUUAUAGGACAACAAAUACUCUGACCCAGAAAGUUAAUUCAUCUAUACAGAGAUAGCGUAUUUGUAAAUUAAUCAGAAUCUUUUUAUCGCGUUUCAAUUUUCCUCUCAUCAUUACUAGUUUUAUCUAUUCAAAAUCAAAAGAACUUGCAAUAUACUACACGAGACAAGCAACACCAAAGUGUCAAUAAAUUACACAGAACACAAAUUGCUCGAUUGCAAACGCAGCUAUAGGCUUUCACCUUUCCUACACAUCGGUGUGAUUAGUGUGCGAUAAAAAUGUAACUGAAACAAGAGU